UCAUUUUCAUAUUUUCACAAACACUCACAACUCUUCACUCCACAGGGCCCCUCUUCUCUUCUCUUCUCUUCUGUGUCCCCCCCUUAACCUCACUCUCUCUCUCUCUGCCUUUUACCCUAAAAGGAGUGUUCGUUUCUCUUCAUAAGCGCCUCUCAUGCGGCACUCUUUUCAGCCCCAAAAACCUUUCAGACACAGAUAGAGAGAGAGAGAGAGAAAGAGAAGACAACAAACACGCACUGCUUGGCUUCUGCAAUGGCACCAAGCUUUGAUUGCGUUUCAAGCCUGCUCUGUGCAGAGGACACAAGCUUCUUCGAUGAUAAUCCUUAUGGGGGUAGUGGUGGUGCCAUGGAUGAAGUGUUUGAUGAGGAUUCAUGGCGUCCUAGGUGUUAUAAUAAUAAAAAAGGUUGCAACUUUGAUGGUGAUGAGGCAGAUGGGUAUCCAUUGCAGAGUGAUGAGUGUGUGGCAGUGAUGGUGGAAAAGGAGUGUGAACACUGGCAUGGUGGUGCCGCUUACUUGAACAGGUUACAAUCUGGGGAUUUGGAUUUUGGGGCCAGAAAUGAGGCCAUUCAUUGGAUUGAAAAGGUUCGAGCACAUUUUGGUUUUGGACCUCUAUGUGAAUAUCUAUCUAUAAAUUACUUGGAUCGAUUCCUUUCAUCGUAUGAAUUACCAAAGGGAAGAACAUGGACAAUGCAAUUGCUGGCAGUGGCCUGUUUAUCAAUUGCAGCGAAAAUUGAUGAGACUGAAGUUCCUUUCACCCUUGAUUUGCAGGUUGGUGAAUCCAAGUUUGUAUUCGAAGCUAAAACCAUACAGAGAAUGGAGCUUCUAGUACUAAGCACAUUGAGGUGGAGAAUGAAUGCAAUUACUCCAUUCUCCUUCAUUGAUUAUUUCCUUUCCAAGAUCAAUGAUGGUAAUGAGAGUCCAUCAUUAAGAUCGUCGAUCUUGCGAUCCAUCCAGCUUAUCUUGAGUACCACAAGAGGGAUUGAGUUCUUGGAGUUCAAGCCAUCAGAGAUUGCAGCGGCAGUGGCAAUAUCAGUUGUCGGGGAAACCGAACCGGUUGACACUGAGAAAACUACUUCUGUUCUGAUUCAAUACAUAGAUAAGGGGAGAGUGCUCAAGUGUCUUGAAUUGAUCAAGGAACUUGCGUUAAACAUUGUGAAUGUCAAUGAUCCAAAUGGUUCUUCUUCUACAAUCCCUUGUGGUGUGCCUCAAAGUCCAAUAGGAGUGUUAGAUGCAUUGUGCUUCAGCUACAAAAGUGACGACUCAAAUGCAGGUUCAUGUGCAAGUUCUUCACACACAACUCCAGAUCCUAAAAGGAGGAAGCUAAACAAAACUUGUGGAUCAGAGGCACUAUUGUAGAGUCUUGUGGACUUGGGAAUUUUAUUUAUUUAUCAAAAGUUUCACCAUCAUCCAUGGGAUGCUUCUUUAUUUUUAUUUAUUUCUUUUUUUUUCACCCCCAAGAAAAGGACACCAUGUUCAUUUUGUGGAAGGUUCCCCCUCUCUCACAAGAAUACCAAAAGGGAAAAUCAGAAAAGAAAAAAAAAAGAGCAUAAGGAAUAGUUAAUGAAAGUAUAAGGUAAGUCAUGAGUGGAAGAUGGGGACAUGAAAAUGAAUAGAGAAUAGAAUCCACACAUUGCAUGCAAUUGGCAUGAAUGAAGAAGUUUUAAGUAAUCAAGAGCUGUUAAAAAUAAUUUUUAGAUAUCUUAACAGCUACACA